AUGGCGUUCAGCAAACUCGGGAAGAGUCUCUCCGGCAUGCCGGAGGGGGUUGAGCACGAGAUUUGGUACCACGGUCUGCUUCCCAGAGAAGACAUCAACACAUUGCUGAAAGAACAAGGGCAAUUUCUGUUGCGCCAGACCGAGCCGGCGCAAGGCCAGGGGAUGAAGACGGUGUUGAGCGUGUUCUGGGAUGGAAAGCCGCGUCAUUUUAUCAUUAAUAAGCACAAGGAAGAGGUCCUGAUUGAGAAGCAUCGUUUCCCGUCGGUCGGCGAUCUGGUCCGAUUCCAUCAGACGCGCCAGAUCCCGGUGACCGAGAAAAGUGGCUGCCUGCUGAUGAAUCCUGUACCGCGACAAGAAUGGGAGCUUCGGCAUGAUUCUAUCAAGCUCGGCAAACUGCUCGGCGAGGGCGCGUUCGGCGGCGUGUACGCGGGAGAGAUGGUUUGCAAUGAUGGCACAACGGUCGACGUCGCCGUCAAGGUGCACAAGGGCAAGCAGAUGACCAAGAAUCUGAUCAAAGAGAUAUGCAAGGAGGCCCGGAUCAUGCGCCGCUACGAGCACAAGAACAUUGUCAACUCUACAUGUGCUUCGACGCUGCCGGCGGCCUGGGAGUACCUGCACGAACGAGGCUGCAUUCACCGGGAUGUCGCUGCUCGAAACUGUCUCGUCUCCGGCGGGCGCGUCAAAAUCUCCGAUUUUGGCCUGUCGCGCGAGAUGAGCAACCGCGAGGCGCGCUACAAGCUAAAAGAUCUGCACCAGCGGCUGCCGAUCCGGUGGCUGGCCCCGGAAACGCUCAGGGAGCGCACCUACACGACGAAGACGGACGUCUACUCGUUUGGGGUGCUGAUGUGGGAGGUGUUCGAGAACGGGGCCAUCCCCUACCCGGGCAUGACCGUGCAAGAAGUUAAUAUUUACGUUCGAGAGGGGAAUCGCCUGCCCGACCCCGACAUGAUGCCGAUCAUCGCCCGCGACGUGAUGCGCAAGAAGUGCUUCCCCGAAAACCCGGAAGAGCGAUCGACGAUGGGUGAGAUUCGCGAGGCCCUCGAGAAAUUCUGCCGUCGUGGCAACCGCCCGGCCGCCAAGUGUGCCCUCUCGCAGGCGAUCGGCAUCGACUUAGACAAG